AUUGUUAAUAAGCCUCUCUUUUUAAAGGGAAGACAACAGAUGACAUAUCAUCUCGUUGCUUUGAUUUCAAUGCACUGUUAUUCCUGCAGGUUUCAGAGCAUUAAAUAUGAACGCCCUUGAUCAUCAUUGCACCCACAAAGAUAUACAUGAGAUUGUUCCUCUGACAGCAUAAGACUUCCCUCAUGCUGUCCUUGAACAAUUGAUGGUCCUCAGGAAUUUUGUGACCUACCAUGGCAGAUCAUCCUUCUCCAUCAGACAAUAAACAUUCUUCAUGUUCAUAGCUUGUUUAGAGGUGUCAUAAGGAAUUCAAGAUAUGAGUCCCAGAAGGAGCUGCAGGCAACAUAAAAGUUCUAUAGCGCUCUAGGAAAGGAAAGAACAAACAGAAAGCAAGUAGAGUUCCUGUUGUUCCCUAAUACAAGAGAUCUAGGAAAACAUCUAAGGCUGCAGUAAAGAAAACAAAAAGAUAUGGCUGGAACUCCCGACUCAGGUUUAUAUCCUUUGCACCGUUGCAAAAUUCUGCACCUGGUGAGGCAUGGGCAGGGUUAUCACAAUGUGGCAGGAGAGAAGGAUUUUGAGGCAUAUAUGUCCCCCGAAUUUCUUGAUGCUAGCCUUACUCCAUUAGGAUGGGAGCAGGUUAGCAAUCUUCGCAAGCAUAUUGGAAAUAAUGGAAUUGCUUCUCGGAUUGAGUUGGUUGUGACUUCUCCUUUGAUGAGGACUAUGCAGACAGCAGUGGGUGUUUUUGGUGGUGGGGGCUAUAUUGAUGGGGAUUCAUCUCCUCCACUAAUGGUGGCUGGUACCGGCAAGAGCAGUCAAGAUGCAAUUUCAAGUUCAAAUUGCCCACCUUUUGUUGCUGUUGAAUGGUGUCGGGAACAUUUGGGAGUACAUCCAUGUGAUAAGAGGAGAAGCAUCAGUGAAUAUCUGCAUCUAUUCCCUGCCAUUGAUUUUUCUAUGGUAGAAACAGAUGAAGAUGUUUUGUGGAAGCCAGAUGUUAGAGAAAAAAUAGAAGAAAUUGUAGUUCGUGGAAGAGCAUUUCUUAAUUGGUUAUUGACACGAAAAGAGAAGGAAAUAGCAGUAGUCUCACACAGUGGAUUUCUAACGCACACACUGGAAUCCUUUGGGACGGAUUGCAAUCCCUUGGUCAGAAGUGAGAUUCAUAAAGGAUUUGCAAACUGUGAACUUCGAUCGGUUGUUAUAACAGACAGAAGUGCAAUUGGGAACAAUUUGCCUACAAAAGACUUUCCGGGAGGCAUUCCUCCUGGUCCUGAUGUUCCAAGUGAUUAGGAAGAUAUAAAGAAAGAGAUAUACGGCAGUUUGACAGAAGAUGCCAUUUAUAUUGAAUUCAAUUUUUUUUAAAUAAAAACAAGCAAGCUAAGGAAUAUCAGAGGCAUGAUUCUGGAUAUGCUGAAAUCCCAUGCCAAUACAGCUCACUUAUAUUUUUCAUAUUUUCAUUAUUCUGUCAAAUGCGUUCUUGUUAAUCAAGCUGGGCGCCCCUUAGAGAGCAAGUUGUAUGCAUUGUUUCAAAUGCACUUCUUUUAAUAUUGUUACAGUUUUUCUUUAACACAUUAAUUGCAAUACGCAUGAGACUCUUGGGAAAACGGUGUAAUAAAUAUCCAAAAGUACGAUUAGAUUUGAGCCACUGCGCCAAUUAACAUUGGCUUUCCAGGCCUGCUACAUGGAUGGAAUACAGAAGAAAUGUGAACAGAGUUUGUCCCCAAAAGAAAUAUUUAUUAGAAAUUUCUUAAUUUACUUGUCUUUUAUGUUGAUGAAA